ACCAGGAGAAGCUGUAUUCGCAACAGAAGGUGUGGAGGAUGGAUUACAAGUAAAGAGCUCAAAGAAUCUGGCAUUUAAAAAUAAGCGUAAGUUAUUUUGUAUGCAUAAUUAUUUAUUACAUAAAGUUAUGUUCAUCAGAUGUUGAUUACUGACCUUUGGGGUCAACGUCGACGCAAUGAAGUGAAAUACAACUCGACGAACUGAAAAACGAUGCAACGAACUGAAAUACAAUGCAACGACGUGAUGUUGCAUUGCAGUUUAAAAGAGAUGAUUGCGACGCAAAGAUAUAUGGUAACGCCGUGACAUAUAAAUUUGCCAAGCGAAGACAUGAACUUGAUUUUGUCCCAAACCUAACUCCAUAAUAUAAGACAAGGACGUAGUCUAUCUACACUUGAUUUGAAGUCAUGCGUGUCGAUUAUAUUUCCUGUGAGAAACAAAUUGCAAAAUGCAAAUAAGCUUGACAGUUCAACUGUAUUUACGACAGUAAUUAACGGUAUUGUGAGUUUAGUAAUUGACAAUGUAUUCGUUAACAAGAAGUGGAUGCGCUUUAUUUGUGGUUUUUUUCAUGUUUCGUGGAAGUUCUGAAACUGUGGAAGAAUUCUCCUCACUCUAUUUGAAACAGCUGGGCUACGAUUCAUUUUACAUUGGAUUAAUGCCUUUGUUUGGUCUAGUGACACAGUUGACUGGCGUUCCUGUUUGUACUUAUUUGGCUGAUAAAUUUCGACUCCGUAAAUUUACUUUGAUUCUGGCGACACUAAUUUCUAUACCUGCAAUCAUGAUGUAUUUGAUUCCUCAAGCGACAAGUUCACCAUGUAAAACAAAGAUACGGAAUUACGAAAGCAUAAAUUUUCAUAACAAAACCCAAACUAAAUUCCUAAACAGUUCAUUCACAAAUCAAAGAACUCUACCACAUGGUAUCACUGACAAUUUUAACGAGAGCACAAACUUUAAUGAGUUUUCGUACUAUCUGGGAAAUUCGUCAGUAUUCAAAAACAGCAGCCAACGAAAUCAUGGUAGAGAUAAACUUUGGUAUUUUUUGCUUUUGUGUAUUCUAAAUGGAAUAUUUGAGCUUUGCAGAAGGGUAACAAUUGGAAUAAUGACUAGUAUCGGAAUAAAUCAUGAAAAAGAUAUGAUAUGUAAGUUUUCAUACUACUUGGGAUGCGGAGCUGCUGGGUCAGGAAUUGCACUUUGCGCCGUGGCACUUGUUGCUGGACAAUUUAAAUAUAGUAGAUGUGGCAUAGAAGUACCAAGUUAUUUUGUUGCAUUUCCAACUGCAGCAACUUUACAGUGUUUUAUUUUACUAGGGGUAGCAUUGUUGAAGUUUGAUUACAAGGAUAAUGCAGAGAGCAUCAACUAUAAGAAAGCAGUAUUAACAUUGCUGAAAUCACACAACAUUUUCAUUUUGUGUAUAGCUUUACAUGUGGGUGCAUGUAAUGGGUUUAUAACUCGUUGGCAGUUUUGGUACAUGGAAAAACUUGGUGCAAGUACGACAGUCAUGGGUGUUGAGGGAUUGUUAAAGAGGUUGAUUAUCUCGAGCUUUUGGUUUCUGACCACUGGUUAUGUCCUCAACGCAUUUGGCCUAUACGUCACAAUGACACUUUCUCUUUUUUUAUUUGCAGUUGCAUUUAUUCUUCUUGCGUUUAUUGGGAACCCCUGGUUUGUUAUUCUGAUUGAUAACUUUGAACUUUCUGCCUAUACGUUUUUCUAUACAGCUGCUGCGUUUCACUUCUCAAAAGCAGAAUCAGAAGCGUUAUCUUCAUUCAUUCAAGGUGUGUUGACUCUUACCAUGAAUGGCGUGGGAAAAGACGUUGGCUCGAUAUUGACAGGAUAUCUAUUUAGAGAAUGUGGCAUUAAAACAACCUUGUGUGGAUACUCAGUAAUUUCUUUUGUAUGGUUCAUAGUUCUGGCAGUUUACACUUUCAUCAGUCAAGAGGCUCAUAACUACAAGAGAGUAAAAACAGAAGCUGAGAGUGAUAUCGAUGAAGAGAGACUCCCAUAAUAAAAACUAUUUCAACUUACCAUUACUGAAAAAGGUUUUGUCAGUAAAUAGGGUAUUUUGUGAUGCAAAACAUGUACUACUUAUUUACCAUUGUGCCUGGUGGCCUGGUAAUGUAAUUUUUUAUGAAAAUUUUAUUGCUCAUUUGCUGUAAUCAGCAAAGUAUCGAAUCAAUUAAAAUGAAUGUCAUGCUUCAAUUUUGCAAUUAACAGCAGCUGCAAUUCGUAUUAGAUUUUCUAAAUAUUUCUGGCAUUAAAAUUUAGAGAAUUCCCUAUUUAGAGAAUGUGGCAUUAAAACAACCUUGUGUGGAUACUCAGUAA